CCUAAGACUAUGAAGGGCGUAAUCAUUGAAAAGAACGGCGGGCCUGAGGUACUUCAGUAUAAGACAGAUCUUCCAGUGCCACAACCGAAGGAAGGCGAAAUACUAGUGAAGAAUGACUUCAUCGGAGUCAACUACAUCGACACGUAAGUCUCCCCACGCCACUUCAUGAUGUAGGGCAUGUGUCUAGCGACAACUCUAGCAAUUCCUAAAUUCAAAGCAUUACCAGUCCUAUGUCCAAAAACAGUACUUCAGACACCAUCUUCUAACCUCACUUUGCGCAGCUACUUCCGCACAGGACUAUACAAACCUCCAUCUUUUCCUCAUGUUCUUGGCCGCGAAGCCUCCGGCACUAUUGUAUCCACAGGUUCCGGUAAUCUGCACUCUCUGAAAAUAGGUGAUCGUGUCAUAUAUAUCGGUACGGGUGCGUACGCCGAAUACACCAUCGCCACCUCAUUGCAUACAUCGGUCAUUCCCCCCGGUAUCUCGCAAGAGGUUGCCGCAGCAAGCCUCCUUCAAGGUGUUACGGCUCUCACGCUUAUUCGUGAGAGUCACCCCGUGAAGAAAGGCGACUGGGUGUUGGUUCAUGCUGCUGCUGGCGGCGUUGGGUUAUGGUUAUGUCAACUGCUCAAGGCUGUCGGUGCACACGCUAUUGGGACAGCCAGCACGCCAGAGAAGCGCGAGCUUGCGCGAAGUCAUGGUGCUGAAGUGCUCAUCGACUACACGAAAGACUCCGUGCCCGAAAAGGUCAAAGAGGUAACGAAUGGCGCGGGAGUGAUUGCUGUGUUUGACGGUGUGGGUAAGUCAACGUUCGACGAUAGCCUGGAGAGUAUCGCGCGCAAGGGUACGUUAGUAUCAUUUGGAAACGCGUCCGGAGCACCAGACCCGUUGGUGCUGGCCAGGCUGGCGGCGAAAAAUGCCAAGGUACAGAGGCCUACACUGUUCAAUUACAUUGUUACGAGACAGGAGUACGACGGAUACGUACAGGAGCUCUUCAAGUAUAUCCAAGAUAAUAACUUGGACCCGAGGGUUCACGAUACUUAUCCGUUGGCAGAAGUUGCAAGGGCGCAUCAGGAUCUUGAGGGCAGGAAGACAACUGGAAAAUUGAUCUUGAAGCCGUAGAUUUACUAAACGUACCCAGGCUCGUUUUCAGAUAUGAACGUUGUGAAAAGGGCAGGUAUAAAUAGAUAUAUAAUAUUCCUUAUAUAAGGAAUAUAUAUCUAAAUAGAGUUAUAUAAUAGGAUCUAGCCAUAAUAGACUAUUAUAUAAUAAACG